UGCCAGUUUGAAUCUCCCUCUCUGCGCGAUGCAACAUCCGCUUUCAGCACCAUGAACAGCGCCGUCACUCUCCCCUUUUUUCACCGAGAGCUUACACGGCAGCUUGAGGCGGGGAGGUAAACUUUUGGCAAUAUCAGAGUGAACGUUUAUCUCCGUUGUACGCGAGCGUGUUUGCGCGUCUUUUUCCAGCCCCGAUGUUCACCAAGUGCGCUCCGUCGCAGCGAUAAAUAAGUAUCGGCCACGACCGGAGGGGAGGAGAGGCACCGAAGAUAGGCUCUCCGAUAUGAACUGAAUAUGAACAGAGACGAUUCCGCCGAACAGAUUUUACCGCUUUCUGCUGCCGGGCUGCUGAGGGAUUAAACAAAUACUAAUAAUUAGAAUAAGAAAAUAAUUUGCGGCGCGCUAGAAUAAAGCAGAAAAGAGAGAGGACUGCUGUGCGGGGGGACGCAAAGGGACUGGAUCUGCAUGUGAGACCGCUGGUCCACACACCGGAGGCAAGAGAUGCAGCCAGCGAGCAAGCUCCUGACUCUGAUUCUCCUCAUCUUCAUGGGCACAGAACUCACCCAAGUGUUGCCAGCAAACCCAGAGGAGUCGUGGCAGGUGUACAGUUCGGCCCAGGAUAGCGAGGGACGGUGUGUCUGCACUGUGGUGGCGCCCCAGCAGUCCAUGUGCUCACGGGAUGCCCGCACCAAACAACUGAGGCAGCUGCUGGAGAAGGUCCAGAACAUGACCCAGUCCAUCCAGGUGCUGGACCAGCGCACCCAGAGGGACCUGCAGUACGUAGAGAAGAUGGAGGUUCAGCUUCGCGGUCUGGAGACCAAGUUCAGGCAGGUGGAGGAGAACCACAAGCAGAACAUCGCCAAGCAAUACAAGGCCAUAAAAGCGAAAAUGGAGGAGCUUAGACCGUUGAUACCAGUGUUGGAGGAGUACAAAGCCGAUGCCAAAUUGGUAUUGCAAUUUAAGGAGGAGGUCCAGAAUCUGACGUCAGUUCUAAGCGAACUUCAGGAGGAGAUGGGGGCCUAUGACUACGAGGAGCUCCACAACAGAGUGUCAAAUCUUGAGGAGAGACUCCGAGCAUGCAUGCAAAAAUUAGCAUGCGGCAAACUGACGGGCAUCAGCGACCCCAUCACCAUCAAGACGUCUGGGUCCAGGUUCGGCUCCUGGAUGACCGACCCUCUGGCACCUGAAGGAGACACUCGGGUCUGGUACAUGGAUGGUUACCACAACAACCGCUUCGUGAGGGAGUACAAGUCAAUGCAGGACUUCAUGACGUCAGACAACUUCACGUCCCACCGGCUUCCACACCCGUGGUCAGGAACAGGUCAGGUGGUGUACAACGGCUCCAUCUACUUCAACAAGUUCCAGAGCCACGUCAUCAUCAAGUUCGACUUCCGUACCUCCUCCAUUAGCAAGUCCCGGCAGCUCGACUACGCCGGCUUCAAUAACGCGUAUCACUACGCCUGGGGAGGCCACUCAGACAUUGACCUGAUGGUGGACGAGGGAGGCCUGUGGGCCGUCUACGCCACCAAUCAGAAUGCCGGCAAUAUUGUCAUCAGCAAGCUGAACCCCAACACUCUGCAGAUCAUCAAGAGCUGGACCACCAACCACCCCAAAAGGAGUGCUGGCGAGUCUUUUAUGAUCUGUGGCACGCUCUAUGUCACCAACGGAUACUCAGGAGGCACCAAGGUCUACUAUGCCUACUCUACCAACUCCUCUACUUACGAGUACAUUGACAUUGCCUUCCAGAACAAGUACUCGCAUAUCUCCAUGCUGGACUACAACCCGCGUGACCGCGCCCUCUAUGCUUGGAACAAUGGCCACCAGGUUCUCUACAAUGUCACACUGUUCCACGUCAUCCGCUCAGAAGAACUGUAACUGCGGAAAAGGAUUAAACAACAUAAAUACAUAUUGUCUGUGUAGAAAUCUCACUAUAUACAAAAAUAUAUCUGCGAAAGAAAAGACUCUAUGGAAAGAUCAUUCUAUUUAUGAUAUCAAAUAACUUCUGAGAGACUGCAUCAACAAUGAAUGCAAUGUGGAUUGAAUGUGCAUAUGAAAAAAAAAAUCUAAAAUUGAAGGGUUUCAUUCCAAAAGAUUAUAUAUUUAUUAUAGCAAAGAGCUAUAUCCAUUCAUGCCACAAAAUCAAAGAUGAUUGUUAGAAAAAGACAACUGUUUUGUAAAUAAAGGUCGUAAUUUAAUAGCUCCUCAUAGUAGACUUUAUUUUAUAGCUGCCAUCAUUUUGUUAGAGGUAUUUUACUUUGGAAUGAAACUCUUUAAUUGUUUGCCGUCUAGAAAAUGAUUGUAAAAGUAGAAUAUAUAUCAGAUUUAAAAGAGUCAGAACAGAUGCCAAAAAAGAAACAUCACGCCUUUUUUAUAUAAGGAAAUAUCAACCUAAGCUCAUUCCUGUGGCUCCAGUUCUUCUGCAGAAAUCCUCCCCGCUGAACUUUUCUUUUGGUCGAUGGGGGUCCUGAAACAAAGACUGUUGUUAAUAAACUGUUGGAUCCCCAAUUUCCAAGGACUAAAAGUGGGAGGUCACUCUAGUCAGAAGACUUGAUAGCCUAAUGGAUGCAGUCUGUCAUAUCAUUUUUAUCAAGUACAGUAGCAAAUCAAAAGUCUGUAGACGAACUGAAAACAACAAUAACGACAUCCACUAAAAGACCUGAAGGCACUGACUGUUGACAGCGCUGUUGUUUGAAAUAAUUUUCCUGUGUUGGUGACUAUGUGUGAAAAAGGCUUUCUUUGCAUGAGUGUUUUCUAUCACUCUGGUCUGCUCUUCUGAAUGUCUUUUACUGUAUGAUAUUAUAUAAAAAAAGAAAAAAGGAGGGAGGUAGGGUGGGAGGAGGAACAAGGUAGAAUACCUUUGGGAUUUGAGGAUUUGUAGAGAUAUUUUUUUUUUCCCUGCUUCUUUCUAUUUAGUUCUUGUUUUGUUUAUUUCUAUUUCUUUGCGAUCACUUUAUUUUUCAAAUGUUCUUGUAUCACUGUAACUGUUGGCACCGGUUUUGCCUCUCUCUGUAUUUGUUUAUUUGGACUGCGUAGGAGGAAUCUAUCUAGCUCACGUGUCUUUGAAGAAAAAAAAAUAACAGAAUGUAUCAAGUAUUGUACCCUGGGAACUUGGUCCUCCUAUCUUCAAUUCACAUCAUGCGCCUGUAGUAGGGAAAGGGUUUUUUUUUUUUUUUUUAGAGGAUAAUCCUGUCUCAUGUCAUGUAUCCCCUCUCAACUCCUCCCCACUGCUAGUGAAGGAUAAUGCUGUUUAAAUGUAUACCCUUGCAGAGGACAAAAGCUUUUCACUCUUUUUGCGCUUUGCUGGACAUGUGUUGUAUCUGAGAUGAGAUAGUUAAUGAUUCGUGUCAAUAAAACAGAGAAAUCUGA